UCAUUGUGAACUCAACUUGAAGCGUGGACUAUUGAAGCGGAUCAGCUUCAUUCACCUCUGCUCAUCUACCUUUCUUCUUAGCUUCUUUGUGUGUCCCCGCUUCUUCGUUCUGCCUUACACCUGAGCAGUCUCUGCUCUUUGUUACUUCGAGGCUCUUUUGUAAGCUCCUGAAAGAUGCUCUCUAGACCGAAGCUAUAGUUGGAACGAAGCGCUUGAAUCUUUUGACGUGUAGGGUGUGGUGCUCCGGAACUCAAAGAGAAUCGUUGUCAACUCCCUGCAACCAGUGACCAGGUGCCAUAAAAAAGAGUUUAGUAAUAAUGAGAUGGUGUCCUAGUGAAGCCAAGUAUUUUUGUUUUCAAUCGAAAGUGAAUUUAUCAGUAAUUGUUUUUGCAGUCUCAUACGAAGUACCUUGAAAAUACAUCAACAAAAUGUCGCUACAGUUUUGUACUACAUUAAGACUUUGCGUGAGUAUUCUAUUAGCACUCGCGUUAUAUAGUGACACGGGCGCAGCAUGUCCUGCCCUGUGUUCCUGCGGAAAAUGGAAAAGUGGAAAGGAGACAACCGAUUGCUCCCAAGGAGAAUUCACGAAGAUUCCCGAAGGACUACCUGUUACCACGCAAGUUUUGGAAUUGAUGGGUAACAACAUUGAUAUUCUUUAUGAUUACACUUUUCUGAACAAAAGUCUCGUGAACCUUCAGCGGCUGCAUAUGGCCGAAUGUGGAAUAACUGAAAUUCAUACCUUCGCUUUCGCACAGCUUUCUAAUUUAAUUGAACUUGAUCUGAGCUCCAAUAAAUUAAAAGUCAUUCCUGGUGAAGCGUUCGCCGGCUGUCCAGCGUUGCGGCAGCUCAACUUGAGGAGCAACGAAAUAAGUUUUAUAGAUGCCGAUGCCUUCACACACACCCCCUCGAUCGUCACUCUGGACAUCAGCCAUUCUGUGGUAACCCGCGUAGCACCUGAAGCUUUCCAAGCGCUCUCGAUGCUAGAAAGUUUGAAGUUGCAGAACAACAAGCUAAAAGAACUCCCUCGAAAAAUGAUAGACGGGCUCGCUGCUGUACACAAUUUAGAAGUUCAUGGCAACCCGUGGAUUUGCGACUGCAGAGUCCUGCCCCUUUGGCGCCUGCUCAUCCGACUCCGAGUUUCACAUCCAAUAACGCCCGCUUGUCAUGUUCCAACGGCUCUUCAGGGCUCAAAGUUUGACACUCUUGCCGAGAAAGAUUUGGCUUGUCCCCCUGAGAUACUGCCAGGGUCUCGAUUUGUCGAGGGAUUUGAGGGAGAAAACACUUCUGUUGCUUGUCGGGUGUGGGGAGAGCCGGCGCCUCGUGUCCAAUGGUACAUUGAUAACCAGGAAAUAACGAAUUUGGAUCACGGGAGACUUGUAAGUCUCGUUAAACACAAAGGCGAUGGAGAUACUGUCAGUAAUUUAGUAAUUUCGGAAACCAAGGAAACUGAUUCCGGUUUUCUACGUUGUGAAGCCAUCAAUCCUGCCGGGCGUGUCUCGGCAAAUUUUACGCUCGCAGUAAAAUCGCGGCCGAAGCCUGACGGGAGCUUCACGUCAAUUCAUGUGGCUGGCAUUACUGCUGCAGUUUUAUUGCUAAUCAUCGUUUUAAUUGCGGGUUUUAUUUUUUUCGGUCGGCGACGGUCGAGCACAACCAUGACAGCUCAGGAGAAGCAAAGCGAUAGCUCACCGUCGGCAGUAAUUGUUUGCGCUUCUCCGAAUCCAGUCCAGAAACCUCCAAGGCUCACAGAACUGACAAGUUCUAAUUCUGCGGAUCCUGACCUCAUAAGUCACCUCGCUAACGGCUACCCUGUGAUGAGUGGAAGCUCAGUAGGCCAGCCUGGAGAUUACACUCGAGUCGAAGGAGAUUCUCUCUACCCCAGCGGGAUCUGGGAUGAAAAUAAAACGAAAGAACAAAUACUGCAUGAACAUUUCAACCCAGGAUACGUAUCGUCUGAUACUCCUCAUCAUGGACCGAUCCAUUCAACGCCAAAUAGAAAUGACAAUUAUAUUGAUCCCAAAGUUUUUGGAUAUCCUUCGGACUUUGGACUGCCUAUUCCUGAAGCCGGACCACAUGACUCUUCGCAAUCUCAAAUCAGAAUGUCUAGUCCCUUACCAAAUCCCAGCCAACUGUACGACUCUCGUCAGGAGUUGGCGCUUUACAACGAUGCGUACGGCAACCAGCAAGACGUUUACCUUCAACGACCUAAGCCAAGUGGUGGACAUGAGCUCAGUGCCAUGUACGAAAUGGUUGAAGUUGGAAGUCCUCUGAAAGUAUCCAUGAAUUCUCAUGCAAAUCUACACGACUCUGGCCAUCAGGAUGCUUCACCCGGAAACUUUGACGAAGACUCAUCUAGAGGAAUCGAUCUUGAUGGUUCGGAAAGCACUCCAUCGAGUUGCCCUUCCGGAGACCGACCUUGGAUUCCAGGUUCGGCAGGUCGACCGGUCGUACCAAUGGGCAUACAGGUUUUGCCUCCUCUUCCGGCUAACAGCACAUUACACCGCAUCAAACCUCGAGACUCUCCCGACGAAGGGUAUCAGGAGGGAACUGAGGUUUAAACUAGAAAUGUACAUAGAUGUGUGUAUAGUUUAUUAUUGUUUCGAUAGCUUUAUCAAUGUCAUGGAGGUACCAUUGCAAAGAUCGAUAUUAGUAUUUAUCUAGGACUUUGAAAUGUCUGUGAUUCAUUAUAUUGUGUGUACGUGUGAAGUUCAAUAAUUACAUUAGUGUAUUGUAAUAUUAUAAUUUUAAAUAUUUAACCUAAAUAACCUACGCAGCAAUGCCUCUGAACAAUGCGCUUAUGCAAUUUAAACUUAUUUUAUGAAGUCGCUUUCCACUGAAAAGGCAAACGCUCUUCAUGAACCACUAAAGGCUCUAAGGAACUUCUUCUCAAUCCAACACUUAUAUUUUCUGCACCUCGAUUAGGUUUUAUGGCAUGGAAACUUCUCUGUGCUUCGUUUAUCUUACAUUUAGUUUUGAGAAAAAAAUAACGAAAAGGUGAAAUCAAAUAUAUGUCAAGGUGAAGAUAAAAUUGAUAAGUAUGCAGUAUCGUAUAGAAUCGUUAAUAUCCUCUAAUAACAUGCUUUCUUUCAUGCAAAGUAAUGAAAAGUAUUGUUCUUUACCUUUUGUCGUUAAAGCCAUGAAACGCUGAAUGAAGGAAGAAGCCAGUAAUACAAUUUUCAUGUU